CUCUCUUCGUCCGUACAGAAUCAGCGUGGGUCUACUCUCUCCUUCUUCAUAAUCCAAUUUCUUCUUCACAUUUUCUCUGUGAUUUUCUCCUCCUCCUCCUCCUCCUCUAACCGCCAUGGAAGACGAUCGAGGAUCCUGUGAGUGAUUCUUCUUCUUCCAGUUGAUUAGCUAGCUUAGCUAGGUCGACGAAAUUCGAAGCGAGAGGUACUUAGCAGCUUGAAUAGGAGAGGGAAAUUCGAAAGCCCUCAGGUAAUGGCGGCUCCAGAUUCCGGCCCCCAGGGCCUGACGCGACGGCCGUCACGGAGCGCCGCGACGACGACGUUUUCGACGGAGGUCUUCGACAACGAGGUCGUCCCCUCCGCCAUCGCCCCUAUCGCUCCGCUCCUCCGCGUCGCCAACGAAGUCGAGCCCGAGCGCCCUCGCGUCGCCUAUCUCUGUCGGUUCUACGCGUUUGAGAAGGCGCACAGAUUGGACCCCGGCUCCAGCGGCCGUGGUGUGAGGCAGUUCAAGACCUUGCUCCUGCAGCGAUUGGAGAGGGAAAAUGCAUCAAGUCUUUCUGCUCGAGUUAAAAAGUCUGAUGCCAGGGAAAUUACAAGCUUCUAUCAGCAAUAUUAUGAUCACUAUGUUAAAGCUGUUCAAGAGGAGCAGGUAGACAGAGCUCAAGUGAGUAAAGCCUACAAUACACUUAACCAGCUUUUUGAAGUACUUUGCGGGGUUAACAAGUCAGAGAAAGUUGAAGAAGUUGCUCCUGAGAUUAUUGCAGCCGCUAGAGAUGUCCAAGAGAAGACGGAAAUAUACGCCCCGUAUAAUAUUCUUCCCUUGGAUUCUGCUGGUGCUACACAGUCUGUCAUGCAGCUUGACGAGGUUAAGGCCGCUGUGGCUGCACUGUGGAAUACUCGUGGUUUAAACUGGCCAAGUGCAUUCGAGCAGCACCGACAAAAAGCUAAUGAUUUGGAUCUCCUUGAUUGGCUCAGGGCCAUGUUUGGGUUCCAGAGAGAUAACGUCAGGAACCAGAGGGAGCAUUUGAUAUUGCUACUUGCGAAUACGCAUAUAAGACUUCAUCCCAAACCUGAACCUCUUAACAAGCUUGAUGAUCGAGCUGUUGAUGCAGUUCUGGACAAGCUUUUUAAGAACUACAAAACGUGGUGUAAAUUUUUGGGUCGAAAACAUAGUUUAAGGCUACCUCAAGGUCAGCAAGAAGUACAACAGAGGAAGAUACUUUACAUGGGUUUAUAUCUUCUCAUAUGGGGUGAAGCAGCGAAUGUUCGCUUCAUGCCUGAAUGCCUCUGCUAUAUUUUCCAUAAUAUGGCAUAUGAACUCCAUGGUCUCUUGGCUGGAAAUGUCAGCAUUGUCACUGGGGAAAAUAUAAAGCCUUCUUAUGGUGGGGAUGAUGAGGCCUUUUUGAGGAAGGUUAUAACCCCCCUAUACCGUGUAAUCGAAAAGGAAGCCAAGAAGGGCGGCGGUGGAAAAGCUCCUCACACAGCUUGGUGCAACUAUGAUGAUCUAAAUGAAUAUUUCUGGUCAUCUGAUUGUUUCUCUCUUGGUUGGCCCAUGCGUGAUGAUGGGGAUUUUUUUAAAUCAACUCGUGACUUGACACAGGUACUCUUACAAUGUGAGACACUGGUUUCCUUAUGUUUGUUUCACGGCUCUUGCAUAACAGAAAUCUUGUUUCAGGGAAGAAAGGGCUCUAAAAGAAAAUCUGGAAGCACAGGCAAAUCAUAUUUUAUUGAAACUCGCACAUUUUGGCAUAUCUUUCGAAGUUUUGAUCGAAUGUGGACCUUUUAUAUACUGGCUCUACAGGCUAUUCUCAUUAUUGCAUUCAGCAAGGUUUCACCGCUGGAUAUAUUUCAACAGGAUGUCCUAAAAGAUCUAUCAAGUAUUUUCAUUACAGCAGCAUUUCUUCGCGUCCUUCAGAGUAUUCUGGAUAUGGUUUUGAACUUCCCUGGAUAUCACAGGUGUCGGUUCACAGAUGUCCUGAGAAAUAUUCUGAAGAUAGUUGUUAGUCUUGCAUGGGCAGUCAUUCUUCCACUUUUCUAUGUGCAUUCCUUCAAUGAUUCCCCUCAACAAAUUGCAGAUAUACUGUCAUUCCUUAAGAACAUUCAAGGCGUUCCAUCAUUAUAUCUAUUGGCUGUUGCAGUAUAUUUGCUUCCAAAUUUACUGACAGCAGUUUUGUUCCUUUUCCCAAUGCUCCGUCGUUUUAUUGAAAAUUCAGACUGGCAUAUCAUCAGGUUCCUCUUGUGGUGGUCACAGCCAAGAAUAUAUGUUGGAAGAGGAAUGCAUGAAAGUCAAUUUGCCCUUCUAAAGUAUACUUUUUUCUGGUUGCUACUUUUGGCUUGCAAGUUUACAGUUAGCUAUUUUGUCCAGAUAAAACCUCUGGUAGAGCCAACAGAAGACAUAAUGAAGAUUCGUCGUAUUAAUUAUGAGUGGCAUGAAUUUUUCCCUAAUGCUGAACAUAACUAUGGAGCAGUUGUCUCACUCUGGGCACCUGUUAUCAUGGUUUAUUUCAUGGACACACAAAUUUGGUAUGCUAUAUUUCAAACAUUAUAUGGAGGUAUUGUUGGCGCCUUUGAUCGCCUCGGAGAGAUUCGUACUCUAGGCAUGCUAAGAUCCCGGUUCCAGUCUCUACCUGGUGCAUUCAACACAUAUCUAGUGCCCUCGGAUAAGUCAACAAAAAGGGGAUUCUCUUUCUCAAAGAAAUUUGCGGAGGCUUCAGCAAGUAGGAGAAGUGAAGCUGCAAAGUUUGCUCAGUUGUGGAAUGAAGUGAUAUGUAGCUUUCGUGAGGAAGAUCUCAUCAGCGACAGGGAAAUGGAUUUGCUGCUGGUUCCUUAUUCUUCAGAUAUGAGCCUGAAAAUAAUUCAGUGGCCACCUUUCUUGCUUGCUAGCAAAAUCCCAAUAGCAUUAGAUAUGGCAGCUCAAUUCAAAAACAAGGACUCUGAUCUCUGGAAGCGGAUAUGUGGAGAUGAAUAUAUGAAGUGUGCUGUGAUUGAAUGUUAUGAGUCUUUCAAACAUGUCCUUAAGGCUUUGGUGGUUGGAGAAAAUGAGAAAAGGAUCAUUGGCAUCAUUAUUAAGGAAAUUGAAAGUAACAUUUCCAAGAAUACAUUUCUUGAUAAUUUUAGAAUGGCCUCUUUACCCACUCUCUGCCAGAAAUUUGUAGAGCUUGUGGUGAUCUUGAAAGAUGGUAAUUCAUCCAAGCGAUCUGCGGUGGUGCUGCUGCUGCAAGAUAUGUUGGAAGUUGUCACUCGUGAUAUGAUGGUGAAUGAGAUCCGAGAGGUGGUUGAAGUUGGUCAUAGUAGCAAGGACACUGGAAGGCAACUUUUUGCUGGUACUGAUGCAAAACCUGCGAUCGUGUUCCCUCCUCCAGUUACAGCACAAUGGGAAGAACAGAUAAGGCGCCUCCAUCUGCUGUUGACUGUUAAGGAGUCUGCAAUUGAUGUACCAAUAAACCUUGAAGCACGUAGAAGGAUUUCAUUCUUUGCAAAUUCAUUGUUCAUGGAUAUGCCCCGUGCUCCCCGUGUUCGUAAGAUGCUUUCGUUCAGCAUUUUGACUCCCUACUAUAGUGAGGAGACUGUGUAUUCCAAAAGUGACCUUGAGAUGGAAAAUGAAGAUGGUGUAUCAAUCAUAUAUUACUUGCAGAAGAUUUUCCCAGAUGAAUGGACUAACUUCAUGGAGCGGCUUAAUUGUAAAAAGGAUGCUGAAAUAUGGGAAAAUGAAGAGAACAUUUUGCAGCUGCGUCAUUGGGUCUCCUUACGAGGACAAACUCUCUGCAGGACAGUUAGAGGAAUGAUGUAUUACCGACGAGCUCUGAAGCUUCAGGCUUUUCUUGAUAUGGCUAAUGAAGAAGAGAUACUAGAAGGGUACAAAGCCGUCACAGUUUCACCAGAGGACGAAAAGAAGAGCCGGAGAUCCCUAUUUGCUCAACUAGAAGCAGUGGCUGAUCUUAAAUUUACCUAUGUUGCUACUUGCCAAAACUAUGGCAAUCAGAAGCGAAGUGGAGAUCGUCGUGCAACUGACAUCCUGAAUCUGAUGGUUAAUAAUCCCUCUCUCAGGGUUGCAUAUAUUGAUGAAGUUGAAGAACGAGAAGGUGAAAAGGUGCAAAAGGUUUACUAUUCUGUAUUGGUCAAAGCAGUUGACAACCUUGACCAGGAAAUAUAUCGUAUAAAAUUGCCAGGCUCAGCAAAGAUUGGAGAAGGGAAGCCUGAAAACCAGAACCAUGCAGUAAUCUUUACUCGUGGAGAAGCUCUUCAGGCUAUUGACAUGAAUCAGGACAAUUACUUGGAAGAAGCUCUUAAGAUGCGUAACCUUCUUGAAGAAUUUAAUGAGGAUCAUGGAGUGCGUUCGCCUUCAAUUUUAGGUGUUCGUGAGCAUAUCUUUACUGGAAGUGUUUCUUCGUUGGCGUGGUUUAUGUCAAAUCAAGAAAUGAGCUUCGUGACCAUCGGUCAAAGAGUUCUUGCUAGACCUCUUAAGGUUCGGUUCCAUUAUGGACAUCCAGAUGUCUUUGAUAGAAUCUUCCAUAUUACUCGUGGUGGCAUGAGCAAGGCUUCUCGUGGGAUCAAUCUCAGCGAGGAUAUUUUUGCAGGUUUCAAUUCCACUCUAAGAAGAGGAAAUGUCACUCACCAUGAGUACAUCCAAGUUGGGAAGGGUAGGGAUGUUGGCCUCAAUCAAAUCUCUCUCUUUGAGGCUAAAGUUGCUUGCGGUAAUGGAGAGCAGACACUUAGCAGAGACAUCUAUCGAUUAGGGCACCGUUAUGAUUUCUUCCGCAUGUUGUCGUAUUACUUUUCAACAAUAGGAUUUUAUAUCAGCUCAAUGUUGGUUGUGAUGACGGUCUACUCUUUCCUGUAUGGUAGACUCUACUUGUCAUUGAGUGGAAUGGAGAAGACAAUUAUAACCUAUGCUGCUAGAAGGGGAAAUAAUGCUCUACAAACAGCUAUGGCUUCACAAUCUGUUGUCCAAUUAGGUUUGUUGACGUCCUUGCCCAUGAUCAUGGAAAUCGGACUUGAAAGAGGGUUCAGAACUGCAUUAGGGGACACGAUAAUAAUGCAGCUGCAGCUAGCAUCAGUUUUCUUUACUUUCUCACUGGGUACAAAGGUUCAUUACUAUGGGAGAACAAUCCUGCAUGGUGGGGCUAAGUACAGAGCAACUGGCCGUGGCUUUGUUGUUCGGCAUGAAAGGUUUGGUGAAAACUACAGGAUGUACUCACGGAGUCACUUUACAAAAGGCCUGGAGCUUAUGAUACUGCUUAUUAUUUAUAGUAUAUAUGGCUCAGCAGCAGAUGGCUCAGCUGCAUAUAUCUUCAUCACAUUCUCCAUGUGGUUCUUAGUGAUUUCUUGGUUAUUUGCCCCCUUCCUCUUCAACCCUUCGGGAUUUGAAUGGCAAAAAAUAGUGGAAGAUUGGGAUGAUUGGUCAAAAUGGAUAACUAGCCGUGGUGGUAUUGGUGUGCCAGCAAAUAAGAGCUGGGAAUCCUGGUGGGAUGAGGAACAGGAGCACCUGCAGCACACUGGGAUGUUGGGAAGGUUUUGGGAGAUUGUACUUUCUCUGCGCUUCUUUCUUUUCCAAUAUGGAAUUGUCUACCAUCUCAAUGUUUCCAGGGGUGAUAAAAGUAUCAUGGUUUAUGCUCUGUCAUGGCUCGUCAUUGUUGCUGUGAUGAUUAUCCUCAAGAUUGUAUCCUUGGGUAGAAAAAGGUUCAGUGCUGAUUUCCAGCUGAUGUUCAGACUUCUGAAGUUGUUCGUCUUCAUUGGGUUUGUCGUCACCAUUGCAGUACUUUUUAUUUUCCUUAGUCUCACUGUUGGUGACAUCUUUGUAAGCUUACUGGCCUUCUUGCCUACUGGGUGGGCAAUACUUAUGAUAUCACAAGCAUGCAGGCCAUUGGUGAAGGUCUUAGGAAUGUGGGGGUCUGUAAAAGCUCUAGCAAGAGGGUACGAGUACGUGAUGGGACUGGUUAUCUUUACCCCAGUGGCUGUUCUGGCAUGGUUCCCAUUUGUCUCAGAGUUCCAGACCAGGCUGCUAUUCAACCAGGCUUUCAGUCGAGGCCUUCAGAUCCAACGUAUUCUUUCUGGUGGGAAGAAGCAAAAGUCCAACUAACCCCAUUGCCUAUUACCUACACACUUAUAUUUCUACAUACAUAGUUUUGAGAUUCACAUGUAAACAAGGAACAGACCACAGAUUUUGGCCAUGUAAAGCAGCUACGUGUAUAUUCCACUAGUGUACAAUUAGAAUCCAUAUACAUCAAUAUAUACUGUUCUUUUGUUUUCU